AUGUGUUGCGCUUUUUUUCUUUCUUUUUUUUCCAUCCCAUUACUGGUGUUGAGUAGGCCACCACAGGGUGGCGCCAGACCCUUGCUGCUGCUGCUGCUCUGGCUGGGAUCUCAGCCUCGGGGCUUGGCCAAAUACUGUGACAUAUAGCUGCGUAACGGCUUUGAUGUGCUCAUCGUGGAGAGCUGGGUCAGCCAGUUCCUUUGGCUGAAAUGGGGCCUUGACUAUGGCAUGAAGGUCCUGGAGGUGCUGCAGAGCGACAGGUUUGUGUGGCGCCCCCUGCUGGUGCAUGCUUUCUCAGUAGGGGGCUACACCUUCAGCCAGCUGCUGGUCCACAUCUGCAGAAAUCCCGGCCAGUAUGACGGCCUGAUUCGCAGGCUCCGAGGGCAGGUUUACGACAGCCUGGUGAUGGGUUCCCUGGAUCGCAUGGCCGUAGGUCUGGGGAGGAGUUUGAUUCCCCAGGGGGAGAUCCUUGUGCGAGUGUUGUACUUUCGAGCUUUCAAGAGACACACGGUGGAUUACUUUAACACCAACAUCGACAUCUUCUGGCACCGCCCCAUUCAGGCACCUGCUCUCUUCUUCUCCUCUGAGAAUGACCCAAUGUGUGACCAUCUCAAGAUGAAGGAGAUGAUUGAGGACUGGCGAAAGCAAGGCGUGAGGGUGGACUGCAAGGCGUGGAAGGACUCCACCCAUGCAGGACACCUGUGAGAUCACCCUCAGGAGUACCUCUCCACGCUUCAGGAGUUCAUACAUUCUCUCUGCAUGGUUCCAUUCAAAGCCAAAAUGUGAAGACCACCUGCUGAAAAUGAACACUGAACCUGCGUUUUUUCCUUCAGGUAGUAACUAAUAAGUACAGGGGAAACGAUGCUAAAAUGUUCUGUUUUGUCCUAAGGCCCAUAUUUUGUUUACACUCAAUAAAGAUACGCGAACAACUGGACUAUUUUCAGACUAUUUUCUGAAGUGGAUGUUUGUUUGUUUGAAUGGCAUUUUGUUUAUUUUGUAAGUAUGAUACGGUGGGGCCCUGUAUUGUAUAAGCAGUACAUGCUGACCACACAGACACACGCCUGUCUGUAGGUGUGAUACCACAGUGCUUCCUGUUUUAUGUAUGGG